UGCGGAUCCUGUUAAAGUCAGGAAAGUGUUGUUGAAGACAGCAAGAUAAGAAUCAGUUCCGUGAAAAUAAGGAGUAUGAGCUCAAAGAUGAUAUUCAAUGUAGAAGACAUCCAGGACUAUUUUAAUAUUUCUUCCACGGAGAACUAUACCGACUACAGCUAUUAUUACGACAAAGAAGGCGACACGUGUUGCUUUGGGCAAGUGUGUGACCAGCAGCAAAGCAUUCGGGUUGAACAGGUGUUCAUCCCAGCCUUGUACUCCCUGGUGAUAGUUCUGGGCUUCCUCGGCAACGGGCUGGUCCUGGCGGUUCUGACCCAGCUUCGGCGGAGCUGGAGUGUGACCGACACCUUCAUCAUGCACCUGGCGGUGGCCGACAUCAUGCUCCUCCUCACUUUGCCCUUCUGGGCCGUGGAGGCCGCCAGCGGGUGGAGCUUCGGCACCCCCCUCUGCAAGUUCACCGGGGCACUCUUCAAGAUUAACUUCUACUGCGGGAUUUUCCUGCUGGCCUGCAUCAGCCUGGACCGCUACCUGUCCAUCGUGCAUGCGGUGCAGAUGUACUCUCGGAGGAAGCCCUGGGUGGUGCAGGGCAGCUGCGUGGCCGUGUGGCUCCUCUGCCUCCUGCUCUCCAUCCCCGACUGGCUCUUCCUCCAGGCGCUGCGGGACGACCGCAGGAACGGCAGGGUGGAGUGUGUGCACAACUACCUGCUCUACGCCCAGAGCUCAGAGGAGUGGCGAAUGGGCUCCCGCCUGCUCUACCACAUCGUGGGCUUCCUGCUGCCCUCGGCCAUCAUGGUUUUCUGCUACUCCUGCAUCCUGCUGCGUCUGAACAGGGGGUCCCAGGGCAUUCAGAAGAAGAGGGCCAUCAGGGUGAUCCUGGCGCUGGUGGUGGCCUUCUUCGUCAGCUGGACGCCCUACAACCUCACCCUGAUGGUGGACACGCUGCUCUCCAAAGCGGCCAUCCGGGACACCUGCGAGGCCCGCACCACCCUGGACAUCUGCCUGAUGGCCACCUCCACCCUAGGCCAGCUCCACUGCUGCCUCAACCCCAUCCUCUACGCCUUUGUGGGUGUCAAGUUCCGCCGCCACCUGCUGGACCUGCUCAGGUCGAUGGGCUGCAAGCUGAAGAGCCAGGUCCGCUCGGCCUCACGCCGGAGCUCGGUGUGGUCUGAGUCAGGGAAAACCUCCACCUCCAACUUCUGAGCGCCUCGCCGUGGCAUUGGCGCCAGUUGCUACGGCGUCGACACGUGUCGCCGAAGCAAUGACGCACGUUCUGUGGCAGCAGUACAGCGGUUAAGGAGCUGGACUUGAAAUCAGAACAUGCACGGUCCGAUUUACAGCGGGACACGGCCAUUUCACCAUCUAACAGAAGAGUUAAUCUGAUUUGCUUCAGUAUAUACAGGUCUUAAAUUGGUAAAGGUAUGGAGAAAUAUAUAUGUAAAAGUUAUAAGACAUUAAGAUAUACACAAUAAGUGCACCUGGUUAAAUUUAUUUCUUUGCAAUAAUUUCUGUGCUUGGAUUCUGUCCUAUUGAUAUACUGUCAGAAGAGUGAUAGAUACAAGGCACGUAACAUAAAACUGAUAGAGAAGGCCGAGGGUGAAGACUUAAAUCUGUAAAUGACAGAUUCACAGUGUGUUUAAAAUGAAAACUGCACCAGUAAUUAUUUUUUGUGCAAAGUUUAAAUGCUCACAGCAUUCA